AUCUCGACCCUUGGUCCUUCUGUCCCCCACCCCAGUUCACCAUGGGGACAUGGAAAUUCACCCUCCCUCAGCUGGGGGCCUGGUGACUACAUUCAGCCCCACCAGGGGAGCUGGGGGAAUGUGUCUCCUUUCCCAAUCCGGGAAGUCCUUCUUGGUAUCUGGCUGCAAGCCCUCUUGCUGCUGAAUGGGAGCCCCAGUUGUGCCAGGUCCCUAACCCUGGCGGCUAAUUUGAAUCCACCCUGGGGCCCCCCUCCCUGGGUAGACGAGAGGAGGCAGGUGGGUGGCACCCCACUCUUGCAUCCUCCCCCCUCACCCACCCAUCUGGUCCCUGCCCUGCAGCCCGCCGUCCCCCUGUGCGUCUCUAAGCACGGGCGUGCCUGGCCGCCCUGUGUGGGUGUUUGCAGUUAGACACCCUCCCUCCGGCUCGCCACCCCCCUCUUCCCCAGGCCUCAGCCGCUGGCCAGCCCCCUCCCCGCCCCCCUCCGGUCCCUUGCCGCCUCCUCGGCAGGCAGCCUCUCUUCCUCCUGGCAAAGCGUCCAGCCCCUGCCUGCCCCUCCCUGGGUCCAGGGCGCCUCCGGCAGGCGCUUCCCUCGCGCCCGCCCUCCGGUGGUGCGGUGGCCUUGAACACCUCCCCUCUCCUGCUUGCGUCCCCUUUCGCCCAGUCCCUGCCCUGGAAUCUGCAAACAUGAGGGGCUUGGCCUGCCUCCUUGUGGCUCUGAUGGGGAUCCAGGCUGUUGAGCGGCUGCGGCUCACCGACGGCCCCCACGGCUGCGCCGGCCGGCUGGAGGUGUGGCACGGCGGGCGCUGGGGCUCCGUGUGCGACGACGGCUGGGACCUGCGGGACGCGGCCGUGGCCUGCCGGGAGCUGGGCUGCGGGGGCGCGCUGGCCGCGCCUGGGGGCGCCUUCUUCGGGGAGGGUGUGGGGCCCGUGUGGCUGACCGAGCUGGCCUGCCGGGGCGGCGAGGGGCGGCUGAGCCUCUGCCCCCACCGCGGCUGGAAGGCUCACGUCUGCUCCCACGAGGAGGACGCUGGCGCCGUGUGCGCAGCUCAGCGCGUGGCCAGCUCCAGGGACAGGGAACCGCCUUCAGUCCUGGAUGGGGACCCCUGGCCAGGGCUCGCCGGGGAGCUGAGUGCCAGCUCUGAGGAGCCCCCAGCCGUGCACGCCGCUCGCCCCCAGAAUGGCUCCCGGAAGAAGGGCCCCCGGCCGCCCAAGCAGCCAAAGUCCACCCGGGCCCCCAUACUAACCGCCGGAGCCGCCCGCCAGGAGCGGCUGCGCCUGGUCUCGGGCCCCCACGGCUGCGCCGGCCGGCUGGAGGUGUGGCACGGCGGGCGCUGGGGCUCCGUGUGCGACGACGGCUGGGACCUGCGGGACGCGGCCGUCGCCUGCCGGGAGCUGGGCUGCGGGGGCGCGCUGGCCGCGCCCGGAGGGGCCCGAUUUGGGCCGGGCUCGGGGCCCGUGUGGAUGGAUGACGUGGGGUGCGGCGGCGGAGAGCGAGCCCUGCGGGACUGUCCCCGAAGUCCCUGGGGCCGGAGCAACUGUGACCACAGCGAGGACGCCGGGCUGGUUUGCACAGGCUUGGCCCCCCGGCUGCGCCUGGCCGAUGGCCCCCACGGGUGUGCUGGCCGGCUGGAGGUGUGGCACGGCGGGCGCUGGGGCUCCGUGUGUGAUGAUGGUUGGGACCUGCGGGACGCGGCCGUGGCCUGCCGGGAGCUGGGCUGCGGGGGUGCGCUGGCUGCCCCUGGGGGCGCCUUCUUUGGGGAGGGGGCCGGACCCAUCCUCCUGGAUGACCUUCGCUGUCGGGGAAACGAGACCACCUUGCGAUUCUGCCCCUCACGGCCCUGGGGCCAGCACGACUGUCACCACCGGGAGGACGCUGGUGCCGUGUGCGACGGCAUGCCCCUCGGGUAUGUCCCUCCCACGGCCCCAGCGGUGGACAGUGACAGCUCCCUGCCCAGGGAGGCAUCAUCCCAGGCCGCGGCCCCCACGGUGAGCCCGACCCCGCAGACCGCAGAUGGCCCGCUUCCCCCCACCUCCCCUGUGGCCCCUCGGGAGCUGGGACCAGAAGCGGGGGCCCCCCAGCUGCGCCUGGUGGCCGGGCCCAGCGGGUGCUCAGGCCGGCUGGAGGUGUGGCACGGCGGGCGCUGGGGGACAGUGUGUGACGACAACUGGGACCUGCGGGACUCGGCCGUGGUCUGCCGGGAGCUGGGCUGCGGGGCGCCUCAGCAGCCAGACCCUGCGGCUGGCCGCUUCGGCUGGGGCGCUGGCCCUAUCUGGCUGGACGACGUGGGGUGCAUGGGGUCUGAGGCUUCGCUCUCCGACUGCCCUGCCGCUCCCUGGGGGAAGCACAACUGUGCUCACAAUGAGGACGUUGGCAUCACCUGCACUGGGACCCCUGGCCUGGACCCCAUCUCAGACCCCUUCAGUUGGAGCUGGACCCCUGGCCUGGGUAGAAGUCCUGCUGCCUGGCUCCCAGGGGAGCUGGCCACCAAGCCCUCUGAAAGGCUGACCCCCGGUGUUUCUGGGAAAACCACUACCAAGGCCCCAGGGAAAACGCCCAAGACGGCCAGGAAGUGGGUGACCAAAACCACUAAGAAGCCGGCCACUCAGUCCCCAGCGACGCCCACCACCAAACACUCCAGGGGCCCAGGCACCCAGAGUCCCCUGAGACCGACCUCAAGGACCACCACAGCCCUGACCACGGAGGCCCCCCACAGGCCGACAUUACACCCCACUGCAACUCAGACUCCGCGGGCCCCCCAAGAACGGACCUCUAAGACUGUGACCACCCUAACCAUCCUAGGCCCCCGAGAAAUGACCUCUGAGGCCACCAUGAAGCGAAUCCCUCUGGCCUCCACAGAGCCCUCUGAGAUCCCAGCAGAAGGCUCUCCACAGCCUGACAGUGACCUGGCCCCUUCCCCCAAUGGGAGCACCGCUGGGGGACCAGCAGGCCCAUUCCGGGUUCGUCUGGCUGAUGGGCCCAACCGGUGUGCCGGCCGGCUGGAAGUGUGGUAUGCUGGACGCUGGGGGACAGUGUGUGAUGACAACUGGGACCUGCGAGAUGGCACCGUGGCUUGCUGGGAGCUGGGCUGCGGAAAGGUCCGGCCUCGUGUGGGAAAGACCCACUACGGCCCUGGGGCUGGGCCCAUCUGGCUGGAUGACGUGAGCUGCAAGGGGAGUGAGGCCUCCCUGAGCGACUGCCCUGCCAGGGCGUGGGGGCAGCACAAUUGUGACCAUGAAGAGGAUGUGGGGCUCACCUGCACAGGCCUUGCUGACGAGGAGGAUUACCCGCCCUGGACCUGGGACCCCACCUCGGGAGAGGACCUGGCCAAGGGGACCACAGCUGCAGGGAUGCCUGGACACAUGCUCUCCUGGGGCACCACCAAGAGCCCAGGACCCCCCUCCCCAGCACCACGGCACCUUCCUGGCACAGGUGAUGAGGAUGGCCAGGAGCCUCCCUGGACAUCAGACACGCCUUCCAGAGGGACCCUGGCCCAGAGGACCCCCACCGCAGGCAUAGCUGGACCCACUCUUACCACUGGCAGCACCAGGAGCCCAGGCCAUCCCUCGCCGGUUCCAAGGGUCCGUGGGGACACAGGUUCCGCCCGGAGGCAGUGGCCGGAGCGCAGGCCGCGGCCCACAACCGUCAGGACGGCGCCCCACGCCCGGGCCCCAGCGCCCUCCGCCUCGCCGGCGCAUCCGGAACCUCCGCCGACCUCCGACUCCGCGCCGCGGCUGGUGCCCGACACAGCUUCGACGCGGGAGGUGGCCUCCGACCCUCCUGACACUCUGCCGCCCAGCCCGGCCCAGGCCUCCUGGGUGAACUCUGACCUCACCUCCGCGACCCCCGGCCCCACGCUGUCCACCUCUGACGCAGCCCCGGUUCCAGCGCUGACCUCUGGGCUCCCGCCCACCGCGCCCCCGACCGUGCCCAAAGAACUGACCUCUGAACCUUCUGCACCAGUGGCGGUGACCCAGGUGUCCCCUACCUCAAAACUGACCCCAGAGCCUGGCGCCAUCCCCUUGGACUCAACACCACACCCCAACGCAGGCCCAGAACCUUCUGGCUCCCCAGGCCCCUCCACAAGCCCUCACGCCACUGUCACCCGUCCCUCCACCACCACUGCUCACCCCACCACGGCCCCGCACUCGAUCACCACUACUCACUCGACCCCUACCACUAAUCCCGCCAUGACCUCUCACCUCACCAUGACCCCUCACCCCACCACCCCUGGUCACCCCACCACCGCUGGUCACCCCACCGCUGCUGGUCACCCCACCACCCCUGGUCACCCCACCACCGCUGGUCACCCCACCACGACCCCUCACCCCGCCACCACUGGUCACCCCGCCACAACCCCUCACCCUGCCACGACUCCUCACCCCAUGACUCAAGACCCCACCCCAACCCCGAUGACCACUAUCAAGUCAGUUCAGACUUCCUUAGGAACAGAACUUCCCUCUCCCACUCCAGCCCCAAAGGUCAAGCCCAGCCUGGACCCCUGGUUGACCUCAUGGGGAGUUGGGGCUGACCCUCAUCUCCCUACAUCCCCAGUGUUGAGCCCAGAGCCCUCUCCAGCCUCAGGGUCCAGCCCCUACGGGCCCUCUCCAGCCCCAGGCACAGACACACCACCCACUGAAGACCUAACACCACCCGGAAGCCAGAGCCCCAAAGUCACCCGUCCACCAACUCAGACCCCACACUCAGCCUCUGAUCCCACUGUGACCCCAGGUCUCCACCUCUCCCCUACGGGCCACCCCUUGGCUCAGCCUCCUCCUGACCACCUCACCAUGGAGCCGACUCCUGGCCAGAGCUCAGGCCUCCUUGGUCCAUGUGUGUCCCCAAUGCCACCUGUAAAGGUCAUGGCCUGUGAGCCGCCUGCCUUGGUAGAGCUGGUGGCUGCUGUGAGGGACGUGGGUGGCCAGCUGCAGAGGCUGAUCCAGGCCCUGGAGCGGGACCAGCAGCAGCGCCAAGCCCUGGAACUGGGGCUGGCCAGGCUGGUGGAGGCUGCCCAGGGUCUGGGGCAGCUGGGUGAGGUUGUGAAGAGACUGGCCGAGGUGGCCUGGCCCCCCACCACAUCUGCACCAACCACUACCACCCCAGAGGAGGAAGAGAGGCCUCUGAGGGGAGACGUGUGACCCUAUCUGGGAUUUGAGGGGCUAAGACACUCCCAACCAAAAGAAGACCAUCUUGUAUCUAAUUAAACACAAGAUGUGAAUGACA